AGUUCUAUAGAGAGCGGAUUGAUGAAAUAUCAGGGGAUUGAGGGUCAUUCCUGUCUUACGUAGGUUGUAGCCUGACUCCUCCCUCCCAUGUGAUUGAUCACAUGACUCCUCCCUCCCAUGUGAUUGAUCACAUGAUCAAUCACCAAAGGUUCUUUAAACACCUGGAAUCUUCUAUAUUCUGAGAGGGGGAGGUCUCCAUUAGUGGUCGGGGGUCUCCCUUUCUUCUCCUGACUGCCCCCUAAGGAUGGAGAAGGACCUGGAUGUGAUGGAGGAGAGAAUAUUACACGUGGCCCUAGAGAUCAUGUCCCUGCUGAGCGGAGAGGAUUACAUGGUAGUGAAGACAGAAGAGGGGGAAGGAUGGAGCAGGGAGCAGGUUCCUAUAUCGCUGCCUCCACCUCACUCACUGAUACAUAAGGGAAACAGUCAUCAGGAGAUCCUGGAACUCAUCAACAAGAUGGCCGACCUGCUGACUGGAGAGGUUCCUAUAAGGUGUCAGGACGUCACUGUCUAUUUCUCCAUGGAGGAGUGGGAGUAUAUAGAAGGACACAAGGAUCUGUACCAGGACAUAGUCAUGAUGGGGGAUCACCGGCCCCCAACAUCACCACUGGAUAUAGACCCAACAAGGAUGGAGAAGGCCAGAAAGCACAUGGCUGCCAGGAUAUUACACCUCACCCUAGAGAUAAUCCUCCUGAUAACCGGAGAGGAUUACACAGUAGUGAAGAAGUGGUCUGGUGAGUGUGUGACCCCCCGUGUGUCAGGAGGAUCGGGCACCACCCAGAGCCCCACCCCCGAGGAUCCUCCACCUCAUUCACUGAUACAUGAGCAGAAGAUCCUAGAACUGACCACCAGGAUGACUGAGCUGCUGACUGGAGAGGUUCCUAUAAGGUGUCAGGACGUCACUGUCUAUUUCUCCAUGGAGGAGUGGGAGUAUAUAGAAGGACACAAGGAUCUGUACCAGGACAUAGUCAUGAUGGGGGAUCACCGGACCCCAACAUCACCACUGGAAAAUCCUAAUAAGGACACAGAUGGAAUCUUCAAUUUAUCACUAAAUUGUAAAGUAGAAGAUGAAGACUUCAUGCAGCACUCCCCAGGAGAUGACUUCCUUCCUCUUACUGUACAUCCAGGACCUCACAGUACAGAUCUAUCAUAUAAUGCCCCUAAUCAUGGGAAACCUUCUCCUGACCCAUCACAAGUUGUCACCACAAGGACAGAUCAGAGAAAAGGGAAAACGUUUAAUUGUGGUGAAUGUAAAAAAGAGUUUACAGGGGAGAAGACAUAUUCAUGUUCACUAUGUGGGAAAUGUUUUACAGAUACAUCAGAGCUUCUUGUGCAUGAGAGACUGCACAUAAAAGAGAAGUUAUAUAUGUGCUCAAAAUGUGGGCAACCUUUUGGACAGAAAUCAGAUCUUGUUAUACAUCAGGAAACUCACUCAGUAGAUACGUCAUAUCCAUGUCCUGAAUGUGGAAAAUGUUUUCAAACAAAAUCACUUCUUGUUGUACAUGACAAAAGUCACAUAAAAAAAAUGCCAUAUUCAUGUCCAGAAUGUGGGAAAUAUUUUACUGGUAAGGCAACUCUUAUUAAACAUGUGAGAAUUCACACAGGAGAGAAACCUUUUUCAUGUCCAGAAUGUGGAAAAUGUUUUACAUGUAAAUCAGGCCUUGUUAAACAUGAGAGAUGUCACACAGGGGAAAAACCAUAUUCAUGUUCAGAAUGUGGGAAAUGUUUUACAGAUGCCUCAAGCCUUGUUAAACAUAAGAGAAUUCAUACAGGAGAAAAACCAUAUGCAUGUUCAGAGUGUGGGAAAUGUUUUAUGCGUAAACCACAGCUUGUUAUACAUCAGAGAAUUCACACAGGAGAGAAGCCGUAUUCAUGUUCAGAAUGUGGGAGAGGAUUUACAACUAAAACAAAUCUUGCUAUGCAUGAGGAAACUCACACAGGAGAGAAGCCGUAUUCAUGUUCAGAAUGUGGUAAAUGUUUAACAUCAAAACCACAUCUUAUUAGACAUCAGAGAACGCACCUAGGAGAAAAGCCGUAUUCAUGUUCAGAAUGUGGGAAAUGUUUUACAACAAGUUCAAAUUUGGCCAAACAUAAGAGAAGUCACACAAGAGAGAAGCCAUAUUCAUGUUCAGAGUGUGGGAAAUGUUUUAAAUCAAAAGAUCAUCUUGUUAGACAUGAGAGAAAUCACACAAGAGCGAAGACGUAUUCAUGUUCAGUAUGUUGGGAAUGUUUUACGGAUAAAUCAAGUCUUCUUACACAUCUCAAAAUACACAUAGGAAAUACGGGUAUUUGAUGGUCGCAGAAGAGCACUUAAAAAAGACAUACUCACCUGCCUCAGUACCCGCAGCUCCGACCAGUCCUCCGCUCCUCGUUUUUGAGACAGACAAGUGUCAGUAGUGACGGCCCGCUCCUCCUAUAUGACUGGCUGAGGCAGGAAACUGCAGUGGCCACUGAUUGCGGCCUUCACUACUUAGAUACGUCCUCUCGAAAGUAGGAAGAAGAGUGACGAGCGGAGGACCGAACAUCGGGAGCUGCGGAACACAGAGGAAGGUGAGUAUGAAUUUUUUUAAAGUUAUUUUUAAUGCCUCUAGCCAAAUUUCUAAAGUUUUAUAUAUCCAGAUAAACCCUUUAACUUAGUUU